AUGGACGCAAGGAACAACGAUAGUCCAACUAAGGCGUCGUCGUACGCUUUUUGGACAAUACAGGAUGCCUGGCGUAGGAACAUUAGUGGAUAUCCAAACUUAAGUGUUAAGUCAGAGAACAUUGUUAAAGAAAAUGUUGUUCGAAAUGAAAAUAUACAAAAAAGUGAUAAUAACGAAGCAAAUUAUAAAAGUGUUAUAGCAUCUGAAGUAAAUACUAUAAGUGACGAAGGUGACUCUGAUGAAGUUAGGAAAAAUGUGUGGAGUGACGUCGAUGAUGAACUGUACAUAGCAAAUUUAAUAAAGCUUAGGACUUCAAAUGAAGUGAGCCACGUUAAACGUGAUACUAGCUUUUCUAGUGUUAGUGAUUUCAGCGAGGUUGUGAAUAGUGUUAAGUUAGACAGGUACGAGAUGUGGGAGUUGGAGCCCACAGACCUAACGGAUUGUGACUGUCUCGGACCACCGCCUGAGUUCCUGUUGCCACCGCCACCUCGUCCACCUUUCCUCCAAGCGGACUAUUACUGCGGUGACGAUCCAAUACCGGAUCUGGAAACUUGCGAUACGGAACCAAAGAUUGACGCGUACAACCACAGUGGGCCGUCACUCCAGACGUCCGCGGUCAUUGCAGUCUGCUCCAUCGUCCUUCUCGUGGGUGUCAUUAUAGGCGCAAUACUUGUUUGGAAACAUAAACGAAAAGUGACCAACCUGCUUCCGUCGAAAUCAUCAGCUCCGAACCAGACAGGGUCACAAAGACGAGCACCACCUCCAGCUCCUCUAUACGAAGACCUACAGGACCUUCCAAGAAGACCUCCCUUACCACAUAGACCUGAGAUGGAACCACAGCUUGAGAUGGUGGAAGCUAAAAGACCUAACUGCCAGGAGCGGGUAUUCGUUUGUGGAACUGGUGGCUCAUGGCGAGGAAAUUCUUGUGGAGAUCCAUGCGGUACGCCAUUGUAUGAAGAGUUGCCCCAUCGGUCUGAUGAUUCUAUCCACAGCGAUGAUCACUUUGCUGAAGAUGAAUUGAGUCUAGUUGGUGAAGCUGUGCCCUGUCGAACAUGCUCACGGCCGCCUGCACCACAUUCCCUACCCCACAGACCAAGACCUCAACGAUUAGAUCGGCGGCCAAAGUCUCUUGAAAGACGACGAGGUCAACAUAGGAUACCAAGACAUAUACAUCCGCCAGAUCCAUCAGAAUUUCAUGAAGGAGUUCUUCUAGACGCACUAUUAAGAUUGUAUCCCCAAGUUGGAACAGUCGGGGCUCGACCUCCUGGUCCCAUGCCUAUGGGUCCUGGUGGUGCGUGGCCUGGAGGUGAAUUGCCAGGAAUUAACUGCUGGAGAGGUCCAAGAGCAUCUCCAAAACCUCCUAGUGGAGACUCUUCAUUUGGAUCCGACUCAGGAUAUAGUAACAACACUUGUGGCACUUGCGGCACAAGAGCUUCAUCUCGACAUCGCCUUUCGGCAGAAAUACCUUUGUCA